UGACCAGCAGCCCUGAGCGGAGCAACCGUCCAGCAAAGCGCCGUGCAGCACAGCAAAAAUAAAACCCAAACGAUGACCUUCUUACAGAUUCGACAGAAGCAAACAAUCAUUUGACAACUUCCGACCCCACACCUUGCCUUCGCCGCUCCUUGCUGUAAGCGCCCACGCUCCAACUUUCCUCCCCCUCCCCCCAGCCUAUCGGCCCUCCAGUCCAGCAGGACCAUGAUGCUCAGCAGCUCUGUGGAGGUGCCCAGCCCGGGUGGGCUGAGCGGCCUUAGCGGGCUCAGCGCGGCAGCUCGGAACGUGGUGCGCUCUUCCAGCAUCUCGGGGGCCAUGUACAGCCUGGAGAAGAGUCCCGGCAGCGGGGGACCGGACUCCGCAUCAUUGGCUGGCAACAAGAAACGGCGCUCCAGUCUGGGUGCCAAGAUGGUGGCCAUUGUGGGGUUGUCACAGUGGAGCAAGAGCACACAACAGCUCAACCAGCAAGAUGGUGGGACGAAGAAGCUUCGCAGCACCAUCCGGCGGAGCACAGAGACCGGCAUCGCCGUGGAAAUGAGGAACCGGGUGACACGGCAGGGCAGCAAGGACUCAACUGACGGCAGCACCAACUCAAACAGCUCCGACGGAACGUUUGUCUUCCCUACCACACGCCUGGGGCCUGAGAGCCAGUUCAGUGACUUCCUGGAUGGACUAGGCCCCGCUCAGAUCGUAGGCCGGCAAACACUAGCUACACCCCCCAUGGGGGAUGUCUAUGUAGGCAUGGUAGACAGAGGAGGGCAGCUGGAGGUGGAGGUCAACCAGGCCAGAGGGUUGAUCCCAAAACCAGGCUCCAAGAACAUACCAGCGACUUACGUGAAGGUGUAUUUGCUGGAGAAUGGCGUGUGCCUGGCCAAGAAGAAAACCAAAGUCGUGAAGAAGAAUCUGGACCCCACCUACCAGCAGGCUCUGUUGUUUGAUGAGAGUCCUCAGGGCAAAGUCCUACAGGUAAUCGUGUGGGGGGAUUACGGGCGUAUGGACCACAAGUGCUUCAUGGGAAUGGCCCAGAUCCUUCUUGAGGACUUGGACCUGUCUGCCACAGUCAGCGGCUGGUACAAGCUGUUCCCUACCUCCUCUCUGGCAGAUCCCAGCAUCGGACCCCUCACCAGACGCCUCUCCCAGUCCUCCCUGGAGAGCGCCACCAGCCCCUCGUGCACCUAGACACCCAGUAGACACGCACAUGCACGGGCACAGGCAGAGUCAUGCAGACACGGACACACGUACUGUAUAUACACAACGACUGUAUUAGAAGUGCAAGACAGGUAGGCAUACACACACAUACACAUACACACAGAUAGAUGCAGGUAGACACAUUUGACAUACAGGUGCAAAUACCCGAUCUCAUCCACAUGAAUACACACACUGACACUACGUCCAUACUCUCACACACUGAUCAGUAUUUUAGUUGAGAAAACCGCGAGCAAAUCCAACUUGAAGUAGACUUACGUUACCAGAACAUGUAGCAUUUCUCGCCAUCCCAUUUCGACAUCUCCUACCAUGACACAGCGAUCUGCCGGGUGCCAUAUUCUGCAUUCCAAGGUACCAGAUAUCCGUGGCACGACUCAUCCCAGGGCCAUCCCGAUGCCAGUUUCUAAACUCUCUAUGCCAAACUAAGAAAAAAAACUUUAUUUUUUAAAACCAAAGCAAUUGUUAUUGUUGUUCUUAUUGCUAUAGGUCGUAGGUGAACUAGUAUACAAUAUUAAGUAUGGAUAUGUAGCAGAGUCAAUGACUUAGAUGUAAUGCAAAAAAAGAAGAUACACUCUACACACACGGGCUGAGAACAGCAGGCCAAACACAAACACACCUGGGCAACAGGCUUGGAUGUUCACAUAAUGGCUAUUAUGUGAGGUAGCAGCACUGCUAUUCUAUAAUUUUCACAGGGCAGAGUUUAUAUAUAGAUAUACAUAUAUAUAUAAAUAGAUAGUUAAAUACUUAUUUGUGUUUAUGUAUGUAUCGGCUGCAUUCUGCAUGUUUGCUUGCAACCCUUGUAGAGACAUUUUGGAGUGCUUCGAUUUUUUUAUUUCGCUUGCCUCGACCAAUGUAACACGAGUAUAGCGCCACUUUAUUUUGCAAAACAGCACUGCACUGAGUUAGGGAGAAUGAUGGGUGACGGGGGGAGCGCUAUCAUCGCCAUCUGCAGAAGAAGAGAACAAAUUAGUCAGCCAGCUACCCAUUCACUGAUGAACAAAGUUUCUGAUCCUGCCUUCAUGUUUUACAGUAAAAGACUGUUGCACCACACAGGGCACGCAGCACAAAGGCAGUCUGGGAUAUGUGUUCGGCUCCAGUCUGGGGCUCUUGUGUUCCACAUGCAGGGGGUGCCACAGUCACACUCUUUCUCUCUCUGUAUACCAGCACCCAGACUUCCUGUUGAUUUCCCUGUUUCGAUGUCAUUUUAUUUCUUCCUGAUUUAUAAAGGGGGGCUGGAAGUUUGCCUGUGUCUCACAUGCAAACACACACACAGCUGGUACCAACUUUAACCCUCCUACUUUCUCUUGGGUCACCCCUCUGCGUCAGACUGACUGUAACUAAACCUGUUGUAAAUGUUGUAAACACGUAUUCCAAAUGAGUUCUUCUUUUUGAUAUCUGACUAUAUUACGCCAGUGUUACUUUUCUAGCAGGUCGAUUGUGAACCUGCCAUGUACGGUAGUUUCAGGUGCAACAUGCUCCUCAUCAUAUAUCCUGUCAGGCAGCAUCAUUGUGUUUAAGAUAGCACUUUACUGUAAUAUGUGUGUUAUGUUUAUGAAUCACAAACAUGCAGAGGUCGACCACCUGUUUAUUUUUUUUAUUUUUUAUUUGGUCAAAUCUAGUCUUUUAAUCGAGUGCCAGCAUGGAAAUGUAACUCCAGUGUGAAGGACAGCUGAAACAGGUCAGUUCUGCCACUGAUUUUCGACAUCUGAGCAAUCGUGAUCGUAAAUUAUUUGCAAAAAGCUUCAAUCUUUUACAACAUAAGCUCUUAAAAAACACAGUUUUGUGUAAAUAGGUACAUUUCACUCUUGAAAACGCAUGUCUUGAAGGAUAAAGACAUGUGUCCAUAAUUAUAUAUAAUUAUAUAUAAAGAAAAUUCUUGUGCAUUUUAUAUAUUUAAAGUUUCUUCUUUAAAUAAAAAACAAAAUGUUUUCGUUAAAGGUAUUCUAUGCAGGAAUUUCCCUAAUAAUUCCUUUCGAUUAUCACAUGAACGACUAGAAGUGCGAUGCGCUGUAUUUCUGCCUCUGUUUCCUUAUAUUCUUAUUAUUUUGCUUUGUUCAGGACAUUGUUGGGCACAGCGCACAGGUGAGGUUAAAGG